AUGGCGGAGUCUUCGAGUUCGAACUCAAUGAAAGGGAAACGAGGUAUUUUCUAUUUUUUUCAGAAGUCUGGUGGUUCGAUGUUAUGCAGUUGUUUAGUUUUUUAUCUCACAAGGUUUCUUCUUCUGAUUUAGAGGAGAGGGAUGAAAACCAAGAAAUCGAAAAGGCGAAAGUCUCCGGUGGACGAAGUGUAAGUGUAAGUUUUAUAUGACUUAUAUAAAUAAUCUUAGCUAAUACCACUGAAAAAGUUAUUGUAGGUGGCUCGACCCAGCGGGGAAAACGGGCCCAUCUUUUAAGAUUUUCCAAUUUUUCUGGGAAUUUUCCAGUGGACCCAGUGGGACGAACCGACGAAACAUGUUCCAUUUACCGCCGAACCGGAAAUUUUGACUAAAUGGAAAGCGCCCUCGGAUUUCAAGUGACAGGGAUGAUUAAAAGAUUUUUGACGGUUUGAAAUUGUUGUUUUCGGGAUUUUUUUGGAUAGGAAAAUUCUCGGGGUAUCCAAUUGAUGGAAAUCGAUGAUCGGAAAACCGAUUGAUUAAUUGAUAUCAAUCGAUAAAAUUAGUUAAUUGGUAUCGAUUGGUAUCGGUCAAUUGAUGAUCAGUCAAUAACCACACAGAAAGUGUUCAUUGAUUGCUAUCGAUUGGCACAGCAACCUUCGAACAGAUGUCACGCACACUACCUGUCUGAUCAUCUGCCAUUUUUAGGAAGCCCUGGGGACGAAAUAUGCCACUUCCACAUUCCCCAUAAUGUACUUUAUUUGCCCCCCCAAUUUUGCAUAAGCAUUGCUUUCAAUUUCUCUUGGGACAGCUGUAAUACCCAGGGAGAAAUGGAAAACAAUGGUUAUGCAAAAUUUUGGGGGGCAAAUAAGGUGCAUUAUGGGAAUUGUGGAAGUGGCAUAAUUGGUAAAACCUUUGUGACCCACAAUCUUCUCAACACAAAGAAUACACCCUGUUGUAUGUAUACUUGAAUUGCCCAGUUGCCCAUCAUUGUCUUUACGUGUCAUUAUGUCUACGCAAGAAGUCUAGGAAGAGGCUUCACUGAACAUAAGGUGCAUCGUCAAACAGAGGUUCUUCUUCUUUCCUCCCUUGUGCGGAGGUUACUAGCACUACACAAUGCAUGGAGCAUUCUAAACUUUAACUGAGAACAGGAACAAACUUUCGAGUUGUCAAAGGAAAAAGGAUACCUGUGGAUGGGGCAUUGAAGAGAAAGAAGAGAGUAUCGUUUUCCUGUUAACGUUCAAAGCAUUAAAAUGAAAUGUGUUUACAAUUACUGCGUACAAAGAUAUGAAAUUUAUGCGCUGAUUCAGUCAAUCUGCAACCGAUCAUUACCAAUCAAUACCAAUUUAUCUAUCGAUUGUUAUUGAAAUUCAAUACCAGUCAAUAUUACCACAAGCAUCUUCGCCAUUGAUGGGUCAUCGAUUAUCAGUAGCAAUCGAUUAAUUGAUAUUGAUCGGUAUUGAUUGAUAUCGAUUGUCAUCGAUUAUCCUUUCAUCUAUUGGAUACCCCCAGGAAAAUUGUGGCAAGUAUUUUUUUGGGCAGCUUGAUUUAAGUAGGGAACAAGGAAAGGGGCUGACUAACGAGACUCUCUUCUUAGUAAGCCUUUACUUUAUCGGAAAAGUGGCAGGGGGUGAAGUGGGGGGAAGGUGGUCCCAGUCCUCUGCCGCGUAACUGCUUGGUCAUCAUUGUCAAUCCAUUUUCACACAUGGAUUACUCAUUUAUCUCCCAUGCAAACAUUUUUAGGGCUUUGUCAUGUGAAAAAGUCCUAAGAUGAGAACAUUUCUUGUGGGAGGCUAAUUAACUGAGUUGGCCAAAGGCUGGCCCAGUUUAUAAAAUACCUUUGAUCUUCUUUCUGGGGGUGUAUCCCUGGUAAUUCGUGGUGGGGGUGUGCAUUCGACGCUCCAAAUCCUCACCCUAGACCUUAUUUCAGAUCAAUACCUAUAAGGCAAAUGUAAGGGAGUACCCUCCUUCUCCCCGCCACCCCCGGGAUUUCAGAUCAAUUCCUAUAAGGCAAAUAUAAUGGACUAUCCCCUGGGGAUUUUCAUUGUCAUGAUGAUAAACAUUAUCAAUUAUUAACUUAUUAACGAGCAUGUUAAGCAAAGGCAGCCAUUAAAUGAAGAUGUGUUUGAAGUUAGCGUACUAUGCUUGCAAAAGGGUACAAUGUUCAAAUGAGAUUAUGUUUCACUCUCACAUGAGAUUCGGCGACAAAGUUAUGUGGUGGCCUGAGUGUGUACAGCCACCCCCUCUUCUCAGAAAAAAUUGCACCUUGGCAGCCUAGUUAAAAUCACCUUUUGGCGAUUCUUGUAAUACGUAAACUGAACUAUACCCUAAAAUCACUUGUUUGUGAUUGGAAUUAAUGUCAUGCCACGAUAAUGUCAAAAUAACAUUGUUUCAGCUCUAAAAUGAAUUUCCGCAUUUUGUUUGGAAAUGUUCUAUGUAAGCAUUGUUUUUGUUGCAUUUGUUAUUUCUUCCCUAUUAAUAGGCCCAACCCGAAAAAGGUAAGGGAUCCAAACAUAAACAAAGUAACAAAAAACAGAAGCAGAAGCCACAAUCAACAUUACCUCAACAAAAGGCUGAGCCACCACUUGAUGGGAAAAAAGAUGAGAGGCCACUGGCUGUUGGUGGGGCUGAUGCCACAGGUGAACUGCCGCAAAAAACCAAAGCAGAGCUCAAAGCUGAAAGGAGAGUGAAACAGGUUUGCAAAUUCUUUUUAAAAUUAUAAGCUCUACACAGUGUUGAUCUAGGAUUUCCAGCUAGGGGUGCAAUGUGUUCCAGUCAAUUAAUUUUAGAGGGACAUUUUUUUUUUUUUUUUUUGGGGGGGGGUCACUAUUUUUUUCACUUUAUAUUUUUUUAUUCUAAUGUACUGGGUGUUAUGAACUAGUGUUGAAGUCCUGUAGUUUGCGCAGCCAACGGUAAAAGGAUUUUGUUUCUUUGAUUUUUGGCAAAGCAAGCAGAGCAUACCCUUUGGUGGAUCAAACUUCAGCCAUUUGUACGUCUCUAGCCAGCUCUGUUCAAAGUUUCAUUUUGGCAACUUCGAUGCCGUGGACGUUUCUGCAGUUUCUUCUUUGUGUUGUUGCCCAAAAAAUGCUGAAAGCCUUCUUUGUUUUGAGACCACUUUGCAUUCACAUACAUCAAGAGAGGGGCUCUCAAUUAAGCACGUGGAUCUAUAAAAUCUACCCUAUGAUUUUGCACGAGGAAAAAGUGCAAAAGUGCGCCAAAAUGACCCAGAACAGGCACUUGAACGGGGCAUCUUUGCUCAAACUGCAGCAAUCCCACAAUGGUGCACCCUAGAUCAGACACUGAGUAGAAUAAGAAAAUUUUAGUUUUAGGGAACGAUUGACAGUGUGUGUGUAAUAAACCCACAAGAGAGAACUGAAGCAUGAAAUUAUGCUCAGGUUCUAAGUUCAGGUUAUUACUCCAGCACAUUAUUAACUUGUUUUUGUGAUAUGCAGUGCAACCUCUCCUUUGGGACACCACUGUACAAGGGAUGGCACCUCCAUUCCGGAGACAAAAUUUGGUCCUGGAAAAAUGUUCACAAAAUGUUUGUUACUUCUAUUAAAAGGACACCUCUAUUCGGGAAAAAGACUUUCUUGGUCCUGAAACCCUGAAACCCGGGUUUAACUUCCAUUCAGGAGACACUUAAUGACUCAAAAAGUGACUGACCACAAAAAUCAUAGAUUUUUAAGUUUAAGUCUUCACUAGUCACAAUGGUAAUAGCUUUCAAAACACAAACUAUUUCACUUACAUCAAUGUACUACACUUGUGGGAAUUCAACACACAGCAUCAGUUGACCUGCACCGUUCUAUACCUCUUAUUUCAUUGGUCCCUUUUCAUCUGCAGUUCCAUUGUUUUUAGAGAAAGGGGCAUUGUUAUGUCACAAUCCCUAUUGUCUUCACAGCCAAUCACAAACAAUAUUUCAAAUAGGUGCAGAUCGCCCCCACAAUAUCAUAGAAACAAGUUAAUCAUGGUUUUUUUAAUACAUUAUCUAGCUGUUUCAAAUAAUCACUGCAGCAGAUUCUGGGUCAGAAUAAUUAAAGAAAAAUAUUUGUUGGUUAACAAACCACUGCCCAAACUUCAUUCAGGGGACACUUGCCUUGGUCCUGAGGGUGUCCCCUACUGAAUAGAGUUUCCACUGUUUUCACUCUUGUAAAGACUCCUCCCUUGAUCCUCUGAAACAAAAACAUGGCACAAUCUAAUAAUGUAGGUUGAAUAAAAAAAAGUAUAUUUAUAGUCAUGCACAAUAUAACGUGAUCUAAACUCCUGGAGUACACUGUAAACAUUCAUUUUCAUUUAGUAUUUGUCGACCUAGGUGAAAUCAAAGUUGAACCUGAAAUCACAGACCAUAACAUAUAUACUGUAGGACUGAAAAUCAAGUAUUAGUGUAUUUAUCAAGAGCUUAUUUUUCGUGUCAAAAAAGGAAGCACAACGAGCUGCAAAAGCUCAGAAGCAGGCUGAUGUAGGAAUUAAACACAAAUCCAGCAGUGAAGGUAUGGUUCCAUGGUUAGUUUGUCAACAUGGAAGAAGUGUGGUAGUGAAUUGUGGUGCACUAGUUGGCCACCUGACUAAUCUUGAUGAUAUUAGAGAAGAAAGAGUUACUUAAUCCUUUCAUAAUGAUAUAAUAGAUGACGAUUCAAUUUACAGGUUAGGAAAAAAACUUUCUAAACACAAUCUUUCAAUUCCUCUGCAGAAUCUUUAUCAUUGAUGGGUGUUUUGUCAUAUGAUUGAUACUGUUAAUCACGUGACAGAACGUCCUGAUAGAUUGCGGGGAGCUCAUAACUAGCAUCCCGGUUCAAUGUUGGAUCCUGAUAAAAUAUUUUGGCGGCCUCGCUAACUCUUCUGUUGAACACGUCCACUUCUCUCAUGAGGAUCAAAGAGGAGGACAUAUCCAGGGUGUGGCCUUACCACUUUAGAUGAUCUCCCACUGCCACUGUUGAUGCUCUUCUCUUUGCAACAUGUUCCAUGAAUUUCACUCUAAAAGGUCUAGCUCUCUCACCAAUGCAGAAGUCGUCACAGCCCUCGCACUGAAUUUCGUACCCCAUCCAAUGCUGCCUGAUGGUGUUGACAGGCUUGUGGAAUGGGCCAACUCCUUGUUUUUUGAAAACUUUCGUGAACUUUUUUUGGUGGGCUCCAACAUUGAAUAGGGAUGCUGGUUACAAACUCCCUGUGAUCUGUCAGGACAAUUUGUCUUGAGAUCCCCAAUAUAAAUCAGGUGACAAAAUGCCCAAGUCCAUCAUUUGAUAAAGAUUCGCAAUGGAAUCGAAAGCUGGUGCUUAAAAGUUUUUUGGUAUUCUGUAAAUUGAAUCAUCAUUUAUUAAAUCUUGAUGGUGUCAUUGGCUAUGCAAUUGAGAUACCACUUGAUCCCACCAGUUUUGGCGUCGAAACACUUUGUCACAUUCACUUUCUCCUUUAGUGCCCAAUCAAACUCUGAGCUCAACUUUAACGUUGAAUUUUGCCUUUAUUUUACGUAGGCCAUCGUGUUCAAGUUGCACAUGAUCUUCAAGCGGAUGAUGAGAAAGUUCAAAAGAAGGUUGCUAAGAAAUUAGCAAGGCAACAGGUGAGAACGAUAAAGAUAAGACAUUGUCAACAGUAAUCAUGUUACACUGUGGUUUGCUUAUAAUGGAAUACCCUGUGAAGAGAGGUUUCUUUAUGGCAUGGGCUUAACAUGAACAAAGUUCUUAGCAUCACUGAAAUUGCAUAGUCAUCCCAUUACAGAGACUCAAAAUCGUUAAGAACCUGUUUUCAUUCAAAAUCUUGCAUACAGAGUCCAAUAAAAUACUGGUCCCAGGUGGUCAAGUCUAGUGGGAUGUUAGAUUAUAUCAACUUCAAUAAGUUAAUUGGAGCUAGUGUCUUUUUCAUAAAAUUGUUGGCCAUGCAUGGGCCUGACAAUUUUGAGCAAGCCUAAUUCCCUCUGAUCAGUCUUUGUGGCCAUGAACAUCUCAUGAGAGAGAUGCCUGGAUUUUGGCCCAUAAAAAUUAAUACAUUAAUACUGUCCACACUGAUAAUGUAAAUCUAUUUAGAAGUGGUGGUGUCAUUUGUUGAUGGAUUAUGAUCAAAUUACUAUUUCAGCUUUUAUUUAUUAAAUUAUAUCAUGUGAUUCUAUUUAUUUGAUCAUUUUUUUUAUUUACCUUGGCAUGACAAGCAACCUUUGCCAAGUAUAAAUACAGAAGUAAAAAUAGCUAUUGUUUACAAAUGACAGAUGAAAAUUAAUAAGAUAGCAAAGAUUAAAAGUACAAUGUGCUGAGUCUAGAGUGUACAAAGUCUAACAAGAAAAACUGAUUUCCUCUCACUGGAUAUUUGCUUUUCAGGACGUAGUUCAGUUAAGCCUGCACCAAAUUGGCAGCCAGACUCCAAAGUUUUAUUAUAAUGAUCAAGGAGAAUCAAGAUCACAAGAUCAAAAUAAUUAUGUACACCAUAACUUCUGCUACUACUAAAUCUGAAUGCCAUUAGUAUAGAAUUUUUGAGACCAAAACUCAGAUUUCUCUCUUGUCAAACACAUCCAGAAGGAAGAAGGGAUGAUAGUUUUUAUGUGUAUUCACAGGCUAUAAUAAUACUUUUACCAGCCAAAGACCUUCGAUAUCACUUGCUUAUAUCCUAAAUUGUACUAGAGCAGAUCAUCAAACUUGAGAUUUAUCUACUGAGUCAUUGUUGGUGAUUAUCUACUUUAUCAACUAAGUUCAUAAAACUAAAGGCAUUAAAAUUUUGUUCACACUUUUGUUUUGCCUGUAGGUUCCCCAACGCACUACAACUCAAAAGAAAGUUGGUUUGUUUUCCCAUCUUCAUCAAUAUGAAAAGGAUUUGUCUUUAACACAAGGAAUAAGGUAAGAUAUAAAAGUGAGUUGCUGAUGACAGUAAUAACUUACCGUAUUUAUUCGAUUAACCGCCCUGGGCGCUUAUUAAAUUUUUGGACCUUGAUAGUGGGCGCUUAUUCGAGGUGGGCGCUUAUUCGAGGCUGGGCGCUUAUUAAAUUUUCGCCAUUCUCAGCAAGCGUAGUAUGUUUAUUUUGCUACAAAAUAAUAAAUGGUAAUAACAAAAAGCGAAGAAGUAACAAAGAAAGGUUUCAGCCCAAUCUGUAAAAUACUCUGAAGAAAACUCCGUCUUCGGGAGGGUCUCUUGUUAUGUCUUAUUUGAGUUUGUGUGGGAGGGAGUGGGGUGGGGUGGGCGCUUAUUCGAGGCUGGGCGCUUAUUAACUUUUUCUGCCUUUGGGAUGGGCGCUUAUUCGAGGUGGGCGCUAAUUCGAGGUUGGGCGCUUAUUCGAAUAAAUACGGUAGCUUUAGUUUGUUAAAGACAAGUCUGUUAAUCUCGUACCCAGAUCUCUUGUUGACGAAGUCAAAGGCAAGAUUUUUGAUUGGCGAGAUUGUCAGCAAACACGACGUAACUGCUUUCUCCCAUGUGCACUAUGGCAUGUGCAAUUCAUUCUUUGCGAAGUCUUCAGUUUUGUUCAAUGAAACAUUUAAAUUGUGAAGAAGUUUUCUGUCUUAUAACUUGUAAAACCAUUUUUAUCUUACCUUUUAAGACUUUUUACCACUCUCUCUCACUAUCAAUACAAGGAGUUUUGAAAGGGUAAAAAACUGUAGAGAAGUGGGUAUAGGUUAACUUGGGCUGAGAAACCUCUACCUUAAAUUAAUCAUGAAGUCAGAGUAUAAGUAGUAUCUCUUAGAAGAGCGCUCAGCGGGUAGGCGUUCUCAUGAGGCUUAGUUACCUUAUACCGACACAAACUAAGUUAUAGUUAUAUAAGACAGCUGUUCUCCCAUAUUUAACCUACUGUCAUCUUAUAUGGCAUUUUUGCCGUGCUAGCGAUUCUAGACGACUACGGCAUAUCCAGGAAAGAGCACUUAGGGCUAUAUAUUGUGAUAAACAUUCGUCCUAUGGUCAAUUACUAUCUAUGGCCGGCCUAUCUACUCUACACAACCGGAGACUACAGGACAUAGCUAUUCUAAUGUAUAAAGUUAAAAAUAACAUGUGCCCAACAUACAUUAGCAGUCUCUUUGAACAGCCUGCAAUUAAGUAUAAACUGUGCAAUCAAUAGUUUUUCUUAAUUUCUUAAUUCUUAUAUUCUUGUUUUUUCAUUUUUAUGAAUAAUAUAUUAUUAAUUAAUUAAUUAAUUGAUUAAUUUUUUUAAACUUAUUUUAGUGUCCUCACUUAGUGGUUAUACACCACUAUUACAGUUUUGACACAUCAUCAUCAUCAUCAUCAUCAUCAUCAUCAUCAUUGUAUGACAGAUGUCUAAGUGAUACCUGAAACGUAUUGAAAUUUAAUUUGAUUUGUUCAUUUCUUGUUUGAUUGAAGUUUGGGUAGUGCCAGUAACAUCCAUCCAGCUAUAAUCACUCUAGGAGUGCAGUAUGCCAAAGGCAUAAUUUGUGGGUCAAAUGCAAGAUGUGUGGCUCUUUUGCUGGCCUUCAAAAAGGUUGGGUGUCACUUUGUGUGAAUUUUAUAAAAUAAUUAAAUGAGACAAGCAGAUGUGCAUUGAUAAACCUAUUAACAGUAGACUGCAAGACUGAUGUCUGUAUUGAUUAUUUCUUACUGUUUGUGGUCCAAGAAUCCCAAACCUAAUUAGCUGAACAGCUCAGUAGCUGUUCCAUUUUGUCUGACACAGCCUUUUAACCUACUGUGCAAAAAAUGUUUUCUUCUCCUUAGCCUUCUCUGAUUUUUUCUGAGAUUUGGGGGCAGUGGCUCUACACGGGCUACUUCUCCUCUAAGAAGUUGAAUUUGACCUUUAACUGUUGCAUCAUGGCAACAGGUAAAAUAGUGCCUUAAAAAUAAUCAGUUCAGGUUUAGUGGUAUACUCUGCUUUUAGCAAGAAGACUUAAAAUUUAUUUGUAACCUUUUGCAAAGUUCUGUACAGCCCCUGAAAUGAUUCUGACCCUGAAAUGAUCCCCAACCCUAAAAUGAUCCCUAAAUUGGUCCCCAAAUGAUCCCCAAUUACUUUUUGGAAUGGAAUGGUAUCCUAGAACUGUGGAUUGAGCAAAAUGCAUAACAUUAAUACAACAAAAGUUGUUUGAGUUUGAUCAUCCGGGUGAACGUAGUCGUGAAUAGAACUGUUGUUGCUGACAGUGACUGAUGUUUCGGCAACCUGUGUGGUAGUCAUCUUUAGAGUCAAAGUGAGUUGUAUCACAUCAGUUGAUGAUGUGAUACAACCAGUAAGUUAAAUGUUUUUCUAACUAGUUGAAACAUAGUGUGGUACGUAAAAUUUGUUACUAGUGAUGUACCGGUCAGUUUUAACAUAAUACAUGGACAUCACUUAAUCAAAGCAGAAAAUGUUACUUGUCCAAUAUAUUGGACGAGUGUGAAAAAGAAACCCGAGUCCACUUAGUGUUUAUAAUAUUUCUAAAACACUACCAUAAUGAUUGCCUCCAGGGGAGGGGGAAUGACUCUAUGAUUAUGUAGUUAAUAUGAAGAGGUGGAACACCUACUAAAGUGGUGUUGAAUUUUAAAAGGAUGUAUGAGUAACGGAUCAUUUAGGGGUUGGAAUCAUUUCAGGGGCUGUAACAUUCACUUCUCUCCACAGUUAAUAGCCGAUUAUGUCACUCCGACUCAAAAGGAGCUGUGCAGGGAUUUGGAUGCUAAGAUUAAGCCAAAUAUAAGGUAUUGAAUAUUUGACAAAUUAUUGUGGCUUGCACAAUAAAUAAUACCGGUAAUACCUAUUUUUGACCACGUUGCAGUUGCAUUCUAUUAUAAUCUGAUGGUGUAAUUUGUAACAAAACAUUGCUCAUCAAAGGAACCAUUUCCAAACUAGACCUCCCCGAUAAAAAAUGUUGUAUAAUUAUAAACAUUUACAAUGUCAUGCUCUUUUUGUCAUUGUUGUUGAUAUUGUUGUGACACUGUAUUUUGCAGUUUCUUGACACAGUGUCGUCCUCUGUCUGUUAGUAUGGGUAAUGCCAUCAAAUAUCUGAAGCUUCAGAUUACCCAUUCACCUCCUGACAUGCCAGAAGAACAGGUAUUCUGCAGAAACCUUUACACAACCUAAGAUCACUGACUGAGGAACCAUGAGUAACAUAACACAUUGUACAGAGCAACCUGCUGUUGCAUAUCUUUUCGUUGAUGAUGUAAUUGUGAACUAUCACCUUGUAAGCAGCGAUUACUUAAAAGUAAUGUUUGCAGCAUUGUCCUUUGAUUUCAUGUUUAUAUAUACCAUUUAAUACUAAGGAUAUGAGAAAGAUGAUUGUUUUAUAAUAAUUAUUUUCAGGCAAAGGGCAAUCUCAUCAAGAGCAUCGAUAAAUUUAUCCAGGAAAGAAUCAUUUUAGCUGGAGUCGCUAUCUCUGAGACAUAUGCAAGAACCAAGAUUAAUGAUGGGGAUGUUAUACUAACUUAUGCCUGGUGAGUCUAGUUAACUCUGUACUAAAUCAUCUACAAGUGUUCGUUUUCAGGGUAAGCUUCACAUAUUAUUAUUUGGUUCACUGCUAACUUGUUAUCUUUUUGCCUUAAGUUCUUCGCUAGUGUUAAAAGUUUUAAAAGAUGCUCACAAUGCUGGAAAAAACUUCAGAGUAGUUGUUGUUGACUCAAGACCAAAGUUUGAAGGUAUGGUUAAAAUUGUAUGUAGUAAACUUAUCACUGCGAAAAGAAAUAGUGCAGCAGACUUUUUGUAUUUUAUUUCUUAAGUUCAGUCUCGCAUUUUUUAAAUGUUAUUUUUCUAAUUUACCAUUUUUUUCCCACUCAUUCAGAUAUUUUCUCUUCCUUAUUAUUGCUCUUAAGUUUUGUAUGAAGUAGUUAAUUUCUCAUUUGGAUUUGACUUGACAGUAUGACCUUUGUGUUUUCAGGACAAGCAAAACAGACAACAUUCACAAGCUAUUUUUCCUUUUUCUAGGUCGGGAAUGCCUAAGAAGACUGGUGAAACAUGGGAUCAGAUGUUCAUAUGUCUUAAUAAGCGCCUUGUCAUAUGUCAUUAAAGAGGUAUGUAAUGAUAUGCAAGGGAAUGUAUGUACAGAAGAAGAGGAGAGGUUCAGUUAGCCAUGGUGUUCAAGUGUAAUAAUGUUUGAAGGUUGCAACUGAAAGAUAAAGAAAAUGAUUUGGUGAGCCUAUAAAUUAUUAGAACGUCUUCUCAUCUUGAACAACUAAAGAAUUCAUUUUCCUGAUUUGGAGUACAGCUAUGGAAUGCUUUACCUGAAAAUAUUAAAAUGUCUGCCAGUAGAAACUUAUUCAAGAAACAAAUACAUGAAACACAUAUUAAUAUUUUUAAACAAGAGAAUUUGUACCUUACAGCCACCUUCAAUUCUUGAAAUAAUUAAAAACUUGUAAAACUUUAGCAAUCCUGUAAUUACGACCAGUAUAGUGAAAUCUCUUUCUUUCUCUUUCCUCUGUGUAGUAAAUUAUUUUAUUUUAUAAUUUGCUAUUUUUAAGUUGAUUUAAAUGUUCUUAAAACAUAGCCAGUCUUAAUGUCUUAAUAAUGCUUACAGUUUUGAUGAGUGUCAGUCAUCUUUAUCAAAACUUCAAAAACAUUAAUAGUGUCAGAAGCCUUAAAUAGGCUUUCUGGAGGUGUUAAUUAUUGUGAUAAACCCGCAAAGUCACUCUGUAGACACCCCUUCCCCCUGGUUUGGGGGUGGAGAUCACUUGUGUCCAUAUGGGAGAAAGCUGAUAGGCUCCCUUGUCCCUGCUCAUAGUAGGAGUGUUCGAUCUAAUACAUAUGCUUUCCUUGAUCCAUCGCUUAAAUUUGUCGCUUUCCUGCUCAAGUAUUUCACUUUCUUCCCAAUUCAUAAUAUGAUUGUUCUGACAAACAUGGUCUGUUAUAGCUGAUUUAUGGUGUUCAUUGGUAGAAACUCUGCAGGUGGAUCUUGUGAAAUUUCUGUCAGAGAUCUUUUCUGCUUCCUUUCUGUGUUCUGUGAUCCUGGUUCUCAGCUGUCUCCCUGUUUCACCGAUGUACACCUUUUCGCAUUGCCUGCAUGGAAUUUUAUACACCACUCCAGCCUUUUUUUACUUCUCAACUUUGUCCUUUGGGUGAACUAAAAGCUGUGUGAGGGUGCUUUGAGGUUGAACCACUGUGGCUACCCUGUGUUUGGUGAAUAUACGUUGUAUUUUCUCCAUGAAUGAGUGGACAUAUGGGACAGUCACCACUCCUCUUGAUUUUUCUUGUGCUUUAUCUUUCUUGGAUUUAUCUUUUCUAUAGCUUUCUUUCUGUUCAUUUGCUCUUUGACCUUCUUUAUCGCCCAAUCUGGGUAACUACAUGUAUGGAGGGCUGUGAUCUCCACCCCCAAACCAGGGGUGGAGGGGGCGUCUACAGACUGACUUUGCGCGUUUAUCGCAAUAAUUAACACCUUCAGAAGCCUAUUUAAGGCUUCUGACACUUUUAAUGUUUUUCAAGUUUUGAUAAAGAUGACUGACAGUGAUCAAAACUGUCGUUAAGACGUUAAGACUGGCUAUGUUUUAAGAACAUUGAAAUCGACUUAUUAACUUCACUAGCCUGAUGAAUUUCUUCAAGAAUUUGCUAUUUUAUUUGCCAUUUUUCAUUGCUGUUGUCAUUUCUUUAAUUUACUAUUUAUUGUAAUCUUAACUGCUGUUUAUUUGAAAUCCUUGUAAGUAAAUAUGUAUAGUGCAAAAAACCCUAGUUGUAAUAAGCCUAACUUAAUCAUACCUACCCGACUCGACUAGGUUUAACUAUUUGCGGGUAGGUACUAUUCAAAUUCUAACUAUCUGUUUCGUAAUAAAUUGUGUUGUUGUUGGUUUUAUUAAGUCACAUAAAGUAUUAAUCAUUGCCAAUUCAAGUGGAGUAACUUGAGCAGGUUCAGUUUUGUGUAACCCUUGAUUUUAGCGACCUCUAAAUUUAAGAAGUCAAAUCGAAAUCAAGUGGAACUGCAUUAUGGAAUAUUUAGCCUACUGCAUUCCAACACUGUAACCCUCUGUUGUUGCUAAAAAGCAACUACUGUUUGUAGGGAUAAGAUUAGUGUGACAAGUAUUCACAUGAAGCACACUCAGCUAAUUUGGUUUGAGAUUCAUACUCGUACUCAAUCUUGCACUUGUAGUCUAAAGGUCCCUACUGCCUUGUGACUUGACAUGUGCACCAAUGCUCCCUUCUACAGGUAUCUAAAGUUUUCCUUGGUGCCCAUGCCUUGCUUGCUAAUGGCUAUGUCAAGUCACGUGUUGGUUCCUCUAUGGUUGCUAUGAUGGCGCAGGCAUUUAACGUACCAGUGCUUGUUUGUUGUGAAACGUACAAGUUCUGUGACAGAGUACAGACUGAUUCAUUUGUUUCCAAUGAACUGAGUAAGUUGCCCUUAAAACAGAUAUUUCUUUUAUAAAAAAGGCAAAUAUUUGUGGAAUAGAACAUGGACAUGAACAUGGAGAGAAAAAUGGACGAAAAUAGUUAAUUAGUAAAUUAACCAUUUUGCCAAACUUGCUUCUUGCCACUCAACUUCAUAUUAACAGCUACUACUAUUCUCAAACCACCUCAAUCUGCUUUUUCAAAACGAGUUUUGGUCGCAGUUGUUCAAAAGGUCGAUAGUGCUAUCUGCCGAAUAAAUCUCUAUCCAUUGGAUAGCGCUAUUGGUUUUCCUAAUCCUUAUCCACUUGAUAGUGCUAUCCAGCAUUUGAACAACGCGGGGCUGGUGCUUAUCCUUACUUUUUUUUAGGAAAACGUUUUAUUCACAGUCACACAUUAAGAACCUCGCCUUGGCCUCGCUUUGAUGAAGAGGCUUUUAUUUAAAAACAUGGGUUCUUCAUAUAUUUUCUAAACAGUCAAGCAAAAUGAACCUACAUAUAUAUUUUUUUGGUAGAAUAUGCAAAGUAACUCUUUCCAUGUCUAGUUGUUAAUUAUCAGUGUUAUUGUAGGUGAUCCAGACGAUCUAGUACCGCUGGCCAGAGAAAGCGCAGAUGUUCUAUCUCAAUGGAGAGACGUCAAUUCACUACAUUUAUUGAACUUAGUUUAUGACGUUACUCCACCUCAUUUUGUAUCCAUGGUGAUCACUGAAGUAGGAAUGAUCCCGUGCACAUCUGUUCCUGUUGUGCUCAGAGUCCAGAAUCCAGACACACAAUAGUUUUAAAAAUGGCAGAGACAGAUAGUGAGGGUUGUUCAAUACUCCGGCAAAUGUAUGCAUUGCAUUGUAUUGUAUUGUCGUCACAUUACAAUACUCUACAAAAGCAUAACAAUAAGGAACGAAGCAAAACAAUGAGAAAUGUAACAAAGCCAUGCAUAAAUUUGUCGGAUUUAACAAUCAAUUCUUAAAUAAGGAAUCUAAGGGCCUGUUUACAUGG